AUGAGUGACGACGCAACCUCCUCAUUUUCCGUGGGGAUUCCUUACUUUUGUGGUCAAGUGUAUGACCCCCUUAUUCCAAUUGAUUCUUUUGUCUAUACAAUACAUGGCGAUCUUCUUACUCUUCUUGAAAAGGUUCAAAGCCAAACAGAAGAACAGAUCUACCACACUUUAAACUGUAUUUUAAAAAACCCGAUUAAUUGCGAUUAUUUAAAGCCGGAGGUGUUACUAUUAAUCAUUCACCGCUUGAAAGACGGUGUUUCCGAUCGAACGGCAUUUCAUAUGAUCGAUGUGUUAUGUCGCAAAAUAUCGUCUUAUUUUGACAAUGACCUUUUCGAGAGUUUUUUGUCCCUUUACUCCUCCAUUUCUUCGACUCGUGCUCUUCAACUAACUCAAUCCAUUUCAACCACUUUAUUGAAGAGAAACAACCCAAGAAUUUACUACGAAUUUACAGGCUUUAACACAUACAUUUCUACCGUCCUUUCUAUACACCACUUUCCAGAGACCUCUGCCGUCUACCACACCAAAUUCAAAAUGACUAAAUACGUCCAACAUACAACUCCAAUUGUGUUUUCGUUCUGUUCCAAUUCUUUUGGUAUCAAAUUACUCAUCAGCUCCAGUUCAAAAUUAAUCAUCGAGACCGACGUCCCACUGACUAAAACAGACACCUCUCCCUCCCCAAGAUCUUCACUCUUCUCUCCAAAGAGCCGAACAUCAUUCAAAGAGAAAGUUGCGCAACAAAACUACUCAAUGGCUAUGAUGAAGAAAAUUGAAACCGAUAUUAAAGUUCUCCCAGACACGUGGCACUCUAUUUUUAUAAUUCACACAAACGACAAUGCGCUGCAGUUUGUCUGUAACGAGAAGACUUCAGAGAAGUUCUUCUUACCAUAUCCAAGUAUUCACGACGACUCGGUCUUCUUGCUACAAAUUGCUGGAAGCUCGGACGAAGUUGGGAAGAACUUCAUUGGGGACGUCACAGGGUUUCAACUCUUCUUUAAUUCCUCGAGUGUUUCUGAAGUCAAUAAAUUGCAGCUGAAUGAAGUCGUGUUUGACAAUGAGACGGAGAAGUGUCUUGCUUUACAGGUUUCACCUCUCCGAUCGAUGAUGAUUGGCGAUCGCGCCUUUUUUAAGAAAGUCACGAGUGUCGUCAAUCAAGCAAUAAACAGUAACAAGGUGUCGGUCUGUUCGUAUUCAGUAUCGUCGAAUUUCAGUCCGAUUUUUGCGAUCUCGAAUUUGCGGAUCGAUGACAUGGUACUUCGAGUCGGCGGGUUGGUCCAAUUUUUUUCGAUCUUAAAUUUCGGCUUUGAUUCGGACAAAUAUAACCAACUGAAUACGCCCGCCCUCUUCCAGUUAUUGUCGUCGAUCUUCAAACAGAACGACCAGCUCCGUAGUCAGUGUGAAGAGAUGCGAUUUUAUAAUAUUAUAUUACAAUACAUCUUAAGUGUCCAAAACAAAGACAUGGGAUGUGCAAUAGACUUCAUUUCAAUAUGUGUGAGACUGUUCACUAACAAUUUGAAUGAAGACUUAAAGAAGGUAGCUAUACGAUACAUGUUUGACGUUGAUAACUGGAUUGGGUCAAAAGACUGCUUGUACUACCCCGAUAUCUUAUCAAAAAUGAUCCCACCUACUACUUGUUUAACAAAUGACGUUUUUAAGUACAUCACAUACGAACAAAUGGUCACAUAUAUUAUUGCAAAUGCAGAGUCAAUGGCUUGUACAGACAAGUCCAUCUGGCUUGGGAUCAAGUGUCGCUUUAUACAGUUUUGCGUCGACCUGGUGAUCCGUUCCGAUAUCAAGAAAUUUGUGGAGAUCUGCAUAACAAUUCUCCAGACGAAUGAAAACACGCCAAUCACUAUUUUACUGCUCUUUGCUCUUCUGUGUAUUCUCUGCAACACAACACAACCACCACAAAGUCUGAAAACCUGCACACAACUUUUCAUACACUUUUUGAACUCAAAUGUCAUCGAGGUUUUCAUCUUUUCGUUGAAAAUACUUUUCAUCUUGUGUGGAGAGUCAGAGCAAGUGAUUUCAAUUGCAAGGGACGUGUUUCCUAAGACGAAUUUAUCACUCGAAGUCUUCGAGGCUGUUAUAGAAUGCUCGACGGGGAUCAUUAAGAGUGAGUUGUCUCAGGGCAUCCGUCUUGAGAAUGUCACACUAAUGAAAUACUCCACACUCUUUGUUGAGUAUUUCUUCAUAACUCUCAACGGAAUAAUGGAAAGUACAACAAAAGAAGAAUUGACUCCAAUUUUACUGAAAGAUGUCUCGACUUGUGACUUGGAUCACCCGGUCUUCAUGGCGCUGUCGAAAUAUGUUGGAUGGGAACAACCAUUGUUUCUGCUUGUAGAGUUCUUCUAUAACAAGCAAAUGGACACAGAGAAGAAUAUGGUGAUCAAAAUAAUAGUCAAAAUCCUCAUUAACUCGUUUAAAGUGUAUAACACAGUGUAUAUCACCACUCUUGUGAUUAAGAUGGAACAACUCUUUCCGAAGUGGAAAGACGCGUAUCACAUCGUGUUCUCCUUUUUCAGUGAAUUUUUGAAACACAAGCCGUUUGAGUUGACUGAGAAAGGUAUUUUGAUAUUAGAGUGUGGGAUGUUCAUAUCACAAAUAACGUGUGGGAUGUGUAAUUAUGGGAAAAUGGCUAACACCUUCUUCUUUGAAGAACAAUUUGCACUCAUUUCCAGCUUCUUUGAAGGACUCAAAAAGGACGACUUGGUGGGGGAAUUUGUCACUGCGAAGAAUCGAAAUGACAAUUUGUAUCCGAUGUAUUACUCCUUCUUCAUUAAUUUAAUACUGUCACACCUCAGGGCACUGUCAUUCAAGAACGUUACAGAUGUCAAAAAGUACACAAAUAUGUUCGACCUUUUAUGUGCGAUUUUCAAGCUAGUUCCUCCUAAGAGAAACAACGUCUUCUUUAUAGACUGGUUUGUCUUCUACUCCACUACAUUUCUUAAUACCUUAACUCUCCCCCAAGUCGAUAAGGAUGUGUUGAAGUUGAUUCAACUUAACAUGUUCUCUGCAAUUAAAAAUUUUGAAGUUCAGAAUGAAACCCUCUUUGAAUCGGCUCUUAACCUUCGCCAACAGUUACUUGGAGAAAUUCCACUUGAUUUCUCCACAAUUGAUUCUGUCGACAAAUUUACUGAUAUUUUGAAUGAGGCGUACCACACAAUCACUUCAAUGAUUGGCGUGGAAAGAAUGGUCUUUGAUAAUUACAACACUAAGACCGUCGAAUUUAAACGAGUGACGCAGACUAAAAUUCCGCCAAAGGUCAUCGACAACACGCCAAUCGAUGUCACGCGACUGUAUAACGACAUUUUGGCAUUCAAAGAGAAGGAAUACCACCGCUUUAAGAAAAUUCAGAACCGAUUUAGUAAGCCGCGGAAUUUGCCAUGUAAGGCGUUCUAUUUGAAAGGGUUUAAUAAUCCGCUGAAGCCAAUUUUCUUAGUCAAAAGUGCAGACAUCUCUGAUGUUGUCAGUUUGAACGACAAAUUCUGCGUCGAGUUUGAUUUAGUCAAAGACAUCACGUUGCCACUGAAUGCCGAAUUGUCGACGGGGUGCAUCGUAGUCUUCAUUGAUGAAUACCAGCAGGGCACCUUCUUUUUACACCAUAACAGAAUUAACAUCAAAACCAAGACCAAGUGGAUAGAACAAGAGUUAUCUGAAAUAGUCUGUAUAGUCUUGAGGAAGUUCAGAGAGACUGAAAGUGCAUGUGAACUCUUCACAACUGACAAUAAGCCCCUUUUCAUAGCUUUUUCUUCACAACAGAUCUGUCAGAACAUUUGUAAGACGCUGACUCAAUUGUCCCUCGACUUAAAGGUCUCAUUGUCUUUAGUCAACUCGUCCUCUAAAAUUUUUGCGUCUGAAAAUUAUAUGAAGGACUGGGUCGACGCAAAAAUAUCGACGUUUGAGUACCUCUGCAUCUUAAAUUUCUUUGCAGGAAGAAGCUUUGUUGAUAUCUCACAGUAUUACAUCUUCCCAUGGGUCACAUUCUCAUUCAACAAAUCAUUCAAUUACGUCUAUAACAACACCGAUGUGAUGAGAAACUUCUCAGAACCAAUGUGCGCGUUAUAUGAGGACUUCCACGACAAGAAUUUCUAUAAAUACGGCCCGUUGCCUGCCACGGCCGUCCCACUCUAUUUGUCGCAACUCCAACCGUUUGGGGUGUUACAGUCGAUAUUUAAUGCAAAUCUGAUGUCUACAAAUAACUUAUACACGGAGAACAGUACACUCAAUUUCGACUAUAAGAACAUCCACUACUCUCCUCUUAAUAACAUCAAUGAUAUCUCGAAACCUAGAUUCUGCUUUGAAGCUAUCCCGGAGUUCUAUUCUUGUUCUCCACUGUUUACUAAUGAAAAGAAUGACACAGAGAAGAUCAAAUUUAACACUGAAUUCGCUAAGAACCAAAAGCAGUUUGUGCUGUUCCACCGCAUGUUGUUAGAGUCUCCCGCGGUGUCUAAGAAGAUCAACGAGUGGUUCGACUUGAUCUUUGGGAAGAAAAUGAAGGACAAGACAUACCCAGAAAAUGCAUGUAAAAAUACACCACGGAAGAUGUCACAGCUCGUCGGGGUCUCCCCACAAAUGUUAUUCAAAACGCACCCAAAACGGAAGUUGUCAUUUGACUACACGAUCCUUGUCGAGGAAAUGCAGAAGGAAAAUCGCGUGUUGAAGGACUUAAAGAGGAAUUUGGAGUACGAGAACAUCGUAGAAAACGCGAACGACAUCUGUGUGAUGAAUUCCUCAAUCACAUGUGUGACGAAGGACACUCUAAGCACAUUCUCCUUGAAAACUAAGAAACUCCGAAAGUGUGUGAGCGACCCCUGCACACUCCAAGACGUUCGAAAAAUGUACUUCACUGAUGACGACGACGAAAUUGGUGUCUUAGUGUAUUCCAUUGGAUGUCAAAAUGUUAUUGUGUAUUACAGAGACCUUAAAAUAGAACUGCACACAACAACAGGUAAUAUUAUGAGUCUUGACAUGAAGGAACUUUCGGACGCUAUGACGUACCAAGUCGUUGUCGGGACAUUCAGUGGCAUUCUAGAAGUCUUUACUUUAAAGAUCGACCGUGACACAAAGACUCUCAAGACGACAAAAAACAGUGAAAUUCUGGUUUCUCCGCAUCCCAUCACUAAAUUGGUCUACGUCCCCACACAGAAUUUUGUCGCAGUCAAAAGUGGAGAGCAGAUUUCAGUGGUUUCGACAGUCACUAAAAAAGUGUUGCAACAACAUGAUGAGAAGGAAGUGCUCUAUAUCAGUGCGUCGGGAAAUGGAAAUAUCUAUUACAUCAAACACGAGUCGGACUCCCUCUUCUGCGUCUUCUCUGAUAUCAAUGGAGUUAUCACCGACAAAGUUCCCAUCAGAGAAAGUGUUGUCUCCCUUGACUGUGUGUCAUGUUCCCUUAUCGAUUACGUCUUGGUCGCUACACUCGACAAAGUCUUGAUCUUCUUCAACACAUACGCCUCUCCUAUUCUGUUACAUACUAUCACUUUUGGUAUGUCGUACCCAAAAAUAAAAAUAAAAGCAAUCGUCACUCAACCAGCAAGCGUCUCAACUUCUCUUGUUGAAAAUUGGUUCUUCUAUGUCAAAGGAGUUUAUCAAGACAAUUCAGUGUUACUCCGCUGCUACACUUUAGAUGAUGUUAAAUUGGUCGCUCUGUAA